GUAUCAUGUGAGCACGCACGCUAUUACACCAAGUUGCCAACGACCAAUCCAACGUUCAUAUUGAUAUCUAUCUCAUCUUCUUUCCCACCUUUGCUCCGUCCAGAGCACCCGCAGCCAUACCACUCGCCACAAUGUCGCCCGCCAUCCUCAUAAUCGGCAGUCUCAACACCGACCUCGUGUCGACGACGCCGCGUCUCCCCGCGCUGGGCGAAACCCUGACCUCAUCAGGCUUCAGCAUCGCGCCUGGUGGCAAAGGCGCGAACCAAGCAGUAGCGUGCGCGCGGCUCUCGUCGCGCUCCUCGCUGGACGUGCGCAUGUGCGGUGCCGUCGGCACGGACGCGUUCGCGGCGCUGCUCGCGGACGAGCUCGCGGCGUCGGGCGUCGACACGGAACUUGUGCGUGCGGUGGACGGCCCCACUGGCACCGCCGUCAUCAUUGUUGAUGAGGCGAGCGGCGAGAAUAGAAUCCUUAUUCAUCCUGGCGCUAAUGGCGCGGUGAGUGUGCGCUCGUUGGUGGAGCGGGAGAAAGCGUUGUGGGAUGGUGUGGAACUGCUGGUGCUGCAGUUGGAGGUGCCGGUGGAAACGGUGGUCUGGGCGCUCAUGCAGGCGAGUAGGAGGGGCGUCAAGACGGUUUUUAAUCCGGCGCCUGCGUUGGCGGAAGGAUUGGAAGGCUGCUGGGGGAACGUUGGGUGGUUGGUUGUUAAUGAGACGGAGGCGGCGAUAUUGACUGGGGUGGAGGUGCAGGAGUUGGAUAAGAAUGAGGGCGUGGUGAAGGCUGCUGAUGGGUUGAAAGCGAAGGGGUGUGGUGCCGUGGUCGUGACGCUGGGUGGGAGAGGCUGUUAUUGGUGUGAUGGGGCGAGCAACAGUGGCUGGCAGGGCGUCACGGUGAAGAGGGAGGGGGUGGUAGAUACUACCGGCGCUGGGGAUACGUUUGUGGGUGCCUUGGCGGUCGCUCUGAUGGAGGGUAAGACUACUGAGGAGGCAGUCAAAUGGGCGGGCAGGGCGGCCGGGGCAGCGGUCAAGAAGCGGGGAGCUAUGGGUGGGGUCCCAUGGCGGCACGAGGUCGAGGCGAUUGCAGUGUAACCAAUUGCUUCUAUCACUAAUGUUCAUACAUUCCAAUACAUAUCACAAAUCAUUAAUCAUCACGCCCAUUCCAUCCCUCCAUCCAACCUACAGCUUCGUCAAAGCCGGUGUUCCUUCAGCUCUCGGCGCGGAGAACUUGGUCUCCACGAACACCUUCAUAAUCCCAUCCUCCUCUUUCCUGGCAUCGAACCGCUUGUACAACUCGGCCAUAUCAUCGAGCGAGACACGGUGGGUCAGCAUGAUUCCAGGG